AUGCGGAUGUGGGUGAAGUUCCUCUGUGCCUCAGUUCUCCUGCUCCUCUCCGCUCUCUAUCUCCUCGGUUCAGUCAGACCCACCGCCAAGACGAACCCCCUUCCUGCGGAGGAGUACCGCCUCAUCUCCCCGCUCACCUACCGCUACCUCCUGAACCAGCCGCAGGUGUGCCUGGGCAGAAGUCCCUUUCUGGUCUUCCUGGUUCCGGUCGCGCCUCAAGAGGCAGAAGCCAGGCAGGCUGUGAGGAGGACAUGGGGGGCUCCAGGUAGGGACACUCUCACCCUUUUCUUCUCGGGGCUGCCAAAGGAGGCGCUGCUGUCACCCCUUCAGAGAGUCCUGGAGAAGGAAAGUCAGCAGCAUGGAGACAUCAUCCAGAUGGACUUCCUGGAUAGUUACCGGAACCUGACGAUAAAGACGAUGCUGAUGAUGAAGUGGCUGGUGGACCACUGCCCCAACUCCUCCUACGCCAUGAAGGUGGACUCUGACAUCUUCGUCAAUGUGUUUUACCUCAUCCAACGCCUCAGGAGCUCUCCGAGGGUGGGCUUCAUCACCGGGUCGGUGAUCAGGGACGGCAGCCCCAGGAGGGACCCCAGCAGCAAGUGGUAUCUAUCUAAGGAGUUGUACCUCGAAGACAGCUUCCCGCCUUACGUGUCUGGAGCUGGCUACGUGUUUUCCACAGACCUGGCUGCCAGGAUCUCCUGGGCCUCCAGGUUUGUGCGGGUGAUUCCUCUGGAGGACGUCUACGUGGGCUUGUGUCUGCGUGUGCUGGAGGUCCGGCCGGUGUACUCCUACAGUCUGCCACGCUUCAGGAGUCUUUUUGAGGUGCAGAAGCUGGAGUAUGACAGGUGCACCUUUGCUGGACUCAUCAUUGUGAACAGGUUUAAGCCGUCAGAGCUGCUGCAAGUGUGGCAGGACUUUUCUGAAGGCCAGGCUGACUGCUGA